AUGUCAGCAAACACCCAAGAGAAAAAAGACAACUGGUCCGAAGAGGCGUACGCCGCUUCUGCAUCUUUCGUAUACUCGGCAAAGAUUACCGGUAAACUCUUAAACUCUCUCACCCCCAAGCCAACAGACAAAGUCCUAGAUGUGGGUUGUGGAGAUGGAAAGUUUACAGCGAACUUCCUUCCAGCCAUCGGUUCCGUGCUGGGUAUUGACUCAUCAGAGUCGAUGAUCAAGUCUGCCAACAAAGACUACGCAAGCCCCGAGGCCAGCUUCCGUGUUGUGGACUGCCGAUAUUUGGAGAAGGAAACCUCUAUUGUUGAUGGAUCCUGGGAUAAAGUAAUCUCCAACGCAGCCCUCCACUGGAUCCUGCGCGAUGAAUCUACUCGCAUGUCCACACUUCGCGGGAUCCAUGGAUGUUUGAAACCAGGUGGCACUUACGUGUUUGAGAUGGGUGGACAUGGGAACGUCGCAGAGGUCAAAACGGCUCUGCUGUAUGCUCUUGUUCAGCAAGGUGUACCCGUGGAACAGGCCAGAGAGACAAGUCCAUGGUUUUUCCCGUCCGACACCUGGAUGCGAAGCGCUCUGGAAGAAGUAGGAUUUCAAGUCGAGAAUGUCGAACUCGAGUAUCGCCCGACAAAACUCACUAGCGAUGCCAAGGGCGGUUUGGAGGGCUGGGUGAGACUCAUGGGCGCACAAUUCCUGGAGGCGCUCCCUGAAGAAAAGCGGGAUGCUGCUGUGAAACAGAUUGGUGAUAUCCUUCAAACUGUGGUGACCCGCAUCGAGGAUGGGAGCCAAUGGCUGGGAUAUGUACGACUCAGAGGUGUUGCGAAGAAGAUUUAA